UUGAAAUGUUUUGUGUUUGCGUUUAAUUAAAGUAAAAUUAUUUAAUAAAUACAAAACAAGCAUGUCCAGCAGCACAAAAUCAAAUGAUUUGGAUACGAAUCCAGCGCCAGAUCCUCAGGCACCCAUAACACGCAAGGGAUUCCUUAUAUCCCUGAAGAACAGCAGCACUCCCAUGCCCAUACCGGAACAGGAUGUGUAUGGACGCUGUCGACCCGUUUCCGAGUUUGAGAAGCUUAACCGCGUGGGCGAAGGCAGCUAUGGCAUCGUCUAUCGCGCGCGUGAUACACGCAGCGGUGAAAUUGUUGCAUUAAAAAAGGUGCGCAUGGAUCAGGAAAAGGAUGGCUUGCCGGUCAGUGGACUGCGCGAAAUAAUGAUACUGAAGCGUUGCCAGCACGAGAACAUUGUGCGUCUGCGGGAAGUUGUUGUGGGCAAAAGCCUGGACAGCAUAUUCCUAGUAAUGGACUUUUGUGAACAGGACUUGGCAUCGGUUCUGGACAACAUGUCGCAGCCAUUUACCGAAUCUGAGGUCAAGUGCAUAACGCUCCAGGUGCUGCGUGCUUUGAAAUACAUGCAUUCCCGCUUUAUUAUACACCGAGAUCUUAAAGUCUCCAACCUGCUGAUGACGGACAAGGGCAGCAUUAAAGUAGCUGAUUUUGGACUGGCACGUUUGUCCGGGCAGCCGGCGAAGCCCAUGACGCCACAAAUGGUUACACUGUGGUAUCGUGCUCCGGAGUUGUUGCUUGGUGCCAGAACCCAUUCCUCGGCGGUAGAUAUGUGGGCUUUUGGCUGCAUUCUUGGCGAGUUAUUGCUGGGGAAACCAUUGCUGCCGGGUAACUCGGAGAUUGCACAGCUCAAUAUGAUUAUUGAUCUGCUUGGAGCACCUUCGGAAUCAAUUUGGCCAGGCUUCAAGGAUUUGCCCGCAGUACAGAACUUUUCGCUUAGUCAGCAGCCUUACAACAAUCUGAAGACUAAAUUCCACAUGAUCGGCCAAGCGGGAAGAACUCUUCUGGGCAUAUUAUUCUACUACAAUCCCAGUAGAAGAGCCACUGCUGAAGAAUGCCUGAGCAGUAAAUAUUUCACAGAGGCGCCCCUACCUUGUGAUCCACGGAUGAUGCCCACAUUUCCUCAACACCGCAACAAUGUUGUGACGCCUCAACCACCGAACUUAGCUGAUAUUCCAAUUUCCCAUUUACUCGAUGUUUUCAUAAAAAGAAAACGCUUAGAAUAAAAUUUAUACUUUUUCUAAAGAG